UGUGUGUGUGUGUGUGUGUGUGUGUGUAUGAUUUAUUUUCAUGUGUAUACUCAAUAGGGAGGAUGGGCGGACCAGUCGUGCCGCAGGAGUUACAAGGUUUGCGUGCUGUGUGCUCUCGAAAUGCCUGUUCUUCUAAGGUUCCGAGGAAUAUGUGACUCCACCUUGUAUGACGACCGCUUCGUGAUGACGGGAACACGGAAUGGAAAGCCUUAUUUCAGAGGUUACUACCGCUCCCACAUCUAUUACACUGACCGGCGCACGUGGCGUCUGGAAAACGUUAUGGCAAACACAACCUUUGCUGAGAUGGACGACGACGGUUCCUUGGACUUCCCCAUCGGUCGUCAUGUGUGGGAGUUUUCACAUGGAUUCUGUGGUCGCGAGAAGCUGGAAGAGCAUUCCCUCACACUCUCGCAGUGCAAUGAAAACGUGGAGUUCACUUGUGACGACGGAACCUGCAUUCUGAUGGAGGAGGUGUGUGACCGGCGAACGCAGUGUGAUGAUCGAUCAGACGAAAUAGAUUGUUCAACAGUCGACCUACCACGAGGGUAUCAGUCCACGCUGCCGCCCCCCAGCCCAACAGGCUCUGCUCUACCUGUGUAUCUCAACAUUAGUCUCAGAUCCUUCGUGGAAAUUGAUGCAAUAAACAACAAAUUUGAAGUUGAGAUAGUCGUUCGUAUGCUGUGGAAAGACGAGCGGAUCAGGUUUAAACAUCUACGCAGCGAUCGACAGCUCAACAUUAUUCUGCCGUCAGAGGCAAAGAAUAUUUGGGUACCUACAAUAGAUUUCCUGAACGCGGAUAAUAACCGUCAGACCAUUGUGGAUGAAGCAAGCAAGAUUACAAUUGAGAGGCUGGGAACUUCUCUUCCUGACGACAUUGAGAAAUCCAAGGAAGGCCUAAGUGAGGCUUAG